AAAGUGCACGGGAUGACACUUGUGACUUGUUAAUUUUGCACAAAAUUUUAAAUUUCAACUUUUGCAAUAUAAAUAAACUAUAAAGUUUAGUAAAACAGAUAUUUAUACGUAAAGUCUGCUGCAGCCCGGCUUGAAUUUAUAAAACAAGUACCAGCUUAUUGAAAAUGGUGACCUCGUUUUACAUUAUGAAGUUGAAUGAGGCCAGAGUUAAUAUGGAAGAGUACUACAGUGAUUUACACAACACUCCACUACAUGUAUUUAGUAAGCAUUUAAAGCGUAAAACUAAAUGUAGGGUUUGCCUGCAGGAUGGCGACAUGCCCAUGAACAGCGUCACAAACCACAAUGAAAUGAAGGAAGCCUUAAACAUAUUUGCUGACAUCGAGUUUCACAAUAGUGAUGAAGACCAAACAUAUAUUUUGUGCUAUGUUUGCUACAAAUUUCUUAAGAAUGCUAUUUUAUUUAGGAAAGUUGCGCAACGAACGAAUGAAACUUUAAAGCAAUCAUCGCUACCAAAAACGAUUAAACAAUCAUCAAUACAACAAACAUUAAGAGAUUCACCGGAUAAUUUUCAAAAUUGUGAAUAUUCUAGAACACCUAAUGAUGAUAAACCGGAUCAUUCGAUUGAAGUAGAGUGUGAGGAAGACUUUGAAGAAGAGUGUACCGAAAUUCAAUGUCCCAUAUGUCAAAAACUUCUCCGUAAGUCUUAUUAUAAGAAACACAUGGAUCUACACAAUCCAGAUACUCCUGCCCAACGUGUGUGCGAGAUUUGUGGGAAGGCAUUGAAGUCGAAGAAAAGUUAUUAUAGUCAUAAGAAAAGACAUGAAACCAGAUACAUUUAUAAAUGUGAACUAUGCCCUUAUGCAGGUAGGCACAGCCAAGGACUAUGGAUGCAUAUGCGCGUACAUACUGGUGAAUUAAAAUACUUAUGUACAGAAUGCCCGGCCAGAUACACUUCUGGAGGCAGUUUGAGUUAUCACAUCAAGUUAAAGCAUACUGAGCCACAAUAUAAAUGUGAUUCUUGUGACAAAGCAUAUCAUAAUAAUUUGAAUCUCCAGAGGCAUAUAGAAGCAGCACAUUUGAAAAUUAAACAACAUCAAUGUGACAUCUGCGAUUCAGGUUUUAGUUACAGAAAGGCCAUGUUAAACCAUCAAAGACUUGUACACAAGAGGGCUAGUUUAAGGUCACACUUGGGAAUUAAGAACCACGAGUGUAAUGUAUGUGGCAAACGCUUUGGCUACAGACUAAAAGAAAUGUUGGAACAUCAAAGAAAAAUUCAUAAGAUGGCAGGCUUGAGACCUUGAAUAGAAAGUCUACUAAAUAUGAAAGUGGAUAAACAAUCACUGUAUCAUUA